AGAUUUCGGGGCUCAGCUGGAACGGCGCCCAAGUUUCGGCGACUUCCGUUGAACCCAUGCCGCCUGUGCAAGCCGCCUUCUUCUCCAUUGCCAAGUUGUCUCCGCCUAUCAAACCAGAUGACUCCGUGGGAGACGCCCCCCUGCCCGCUCUUUGGGAGGAGCGGCCCAUGCGAUGCUCCUACCACGACUUCUCGGACGGCAGAGAAUAUCCCGACAUGGCUUUGCGGCCAAAUCGCUUGCUGCACGAGUAUGGCGAGAUGAAGCUCGCUGCAUUCCUCCAGGAUGUGGAGCGCGCGCCGGUGGAUUUAACUCAAGCCGUGCGACAGAAGCGCAGAGAUCUCGAGAAGAGAAGUCGCAGCUCAAGCCCGUCGAGACGGAAGCCCAGCGUGGAGUCCAUGCUGCAAACAUUUUGGCGGCAAUUUUCCAACUAAAACGAACAUCCCCCAGAAAGCCAGGAUCAUCUGAUUGGCGUGAGAGGCGCGAGCGCAGCGGCAGAGCGCAGCGGCCUGACUGGUGUAUAGAUGUCAGACUCGCGCAUGCACGGCUUUGCGCAGGCCUGGUGCUUUUGGCAGAGCUUCACUUUUUUCUCGGUUCACCUGUUUUGAUUCUGCUGUGCUGCCGUUUUUUCAAUUGGGGCCCAGAGGCAAAGAACCAUUUGUUGCGCAGAGCAGCUGGGAAGAGACGUAGGCCGCACCUAACGUGGCCUUUGGAUCAACCCAGAAAAGACAAUAGCCCUCUAGAACGGAGCGGGGCAGGUUCAAACACGCGCAGACCC